AUGUCACAACAAUUAACUAUUAAUACUUUAAAGCCUGUUUAUAAUUUGAUUGAACUAGAAUUAGAUGAUUAUGAAAAGAAUGAUCUAGUUCUUGAUAUAAUUUAUGACUUAAAUUUAUUUUUUGAGAAUUCUACUAAUUGUACUUGCUGUCAAACUAUAAGACAAAAAGAUCUUGAACCUACUUUGAAAAA